UCAGUGUCUGUGGGUGGUGCAGCUGCCAUGACAGUAGCAGGUGUAGUAAGUGUUUUAACAGGAGGACUGUCGAUACCUUUGUUAGCUGGAACAGGAGCAGUGGCAUCAGGUCUCGGUUUGGCUACUAGUGUGGGUUCUGAUGUUGUUGGUGCUGUCUUAUCAAGUAGGACUAUGAAAGAGGCCCAAAAUAUUUCAAAAAGCCUUGAUGAUCUUACAGCAGAAAUCACAGCACUCAUGGAGUCCCUCUUAACAAAAGCAACAGGCAGACAGCAACGGGGUAAAAAUGUUUCUCCAGAAGAAUAUGUGAAGGAGGCGAUCUUGAGAGCAAUGGCCAAACGCAAGGGCUUGAUAUUAAAGGAGAAGGACAGUUUAAUCAAGCUGUUAUCUCAGCUGCCUCUUGAGAAGAUCUUUAAGAACGACGCAGAAUCAGACCUCUUCAAAAAGUCAACAACGGAGGUGCCACUGCUUUCAGACUUUGUUACAGGGUUGGUCUCAGAAAAACUCAUGAAAAAUAAGGUCAGCAAAGCCAAUUCCCUGGGUUUAAAGGCAUCGACUACAGCAGUUGGAAAAAUUGGCAGAGGGGCAGUAGGACUUCUGUUUUCGGUUCCUGAGCUCAUCGAAAACUGUAAAAAUCUGAACAACCAUGAGACAGACGCCAGUCGGUACCUGAGAGUGAAGGCUGGAGCAAUACAAGAAGCUUACGAAGCCAUGAAAUCAGAGCUGGAUGAAAUUGAGUGAGUAAAAUGAGAAAAAUUAAUUAUUUCAUAGAGGGUGAAGGGCUGUUCUGGAAAUAUUGUUAGAGGCAAAUCAAGGUGCAAGAUGCAAUCUGAACGGCCCAGCACCGUAAAUACUGAAAUAAAAACCAUGCUAGUGCAUCAGUAAAUGUCAAAUGAAUUAAUUUUUUUCAUACAGCACUAUAUCACAACAACAGUCACUUCAAGGCCGUUUUUAUAUACCCCUACCCUCACUUAGCUGUGAGAUGACAUGAAAAAAUUAUGUUUCAACUCAAGAAGCUAACAUGUAGCUAUAUUUCUCUUAAAAAUUUAGAAUCUAGUAAAAUUGUUCUUGUACAGCUGUUUAUUAAUGGUAAUUUUAGAAAACAACAAGAUAACAUUUAAGUAAAACCCACUACAAAUUGAUGUUAAUUCCACAU